AUGCUUCUUCUACAGCUCCUUCUAUGGGUGGCGGUGGUUUCCGCAAACUUCGUUACCCCUCCUAGCGAAGACCCAUUCUACAAUGCUCCAGCGAACAUAUCCAACUACAAAAACGGCGAUAUCAUCGGGUGGAGACCGGCUCCAACGAGAAUCCGGUCCCUCUAUUUCCCCGUAAACGUCAAGAACGCAUGGCAGGUCCAGGUGCGUUCGGAAAACUCCCUCGGUGAACCGCAACAAAUCAUCACCACGAUUUUUGAACCGUACAACGGCGAUCCACUGAAACUCUUAUCGUACCAAACGGCCCAGGAUUCGGCGUCCAACGACUGUGCACCUUCCUACUCCGUCUUGUACAAGGCCUCCAUGAGCACCUUCAUGAUUCAAGCUGAGAUGUUGCUUAUACAGACCAUGUUGGCCAAAGGAUGGUUCGUAGUUAUGCCAGAUUACGAAGGUGUUCAAGGUGCGUUCACGGCAGGAAUUCAGUCUGGUCAGGCCACCUUGGACUCUCUUCGUGCCGCCUUGCACUCUAACGAAAUAUCAGGAAUCAGCCCGGAGGCCAAGGCUGCGUUUUAUGGUUAUUCUGGAGGAACAAUUGCUUCUGGAUGGGCUGCCUAUCUUCAGCCCAAAUACGCUCCGGAGCUCAAAAAGAACCUCAUUGGCUGUGCUGUGGGCGGCUGGGUCACCAACAUCACUUUGACUGCUCAGUCUACAGAAGGGUCCAAGUCUGUGGGGCUCGUCCCCAAUGCCAUCAACGGCUUGAUCAACGAGUACCCCAGUCUCGCGGGGCUUCUUGAGGAAGAGCUCUUUCCGGAAAAAGUGGAAGAUUUCCGUCUGUCGAGAGACCUCUGUGUCAGAGCAGCCACGCUGAAAUACCGCUACUCCAACUUUUUCAGCGGUGACCACAAGUGGGCUAAGAACGGCUGGGGGUUCUGGAGAAACCCUCGUCUUUUGGAGGUCAUCAACAAAAACACCGUGGCGGUUUCCCCCGACGGACCGAUUCCAGAAAUUCCCUUGUUUGUUUUCCACGGUGCUGCAGACCAGGUGGUGCCUUUUGCUGGAGCAAAGAGAGGUUAUGAAAACUUUUGCAAGUGGGGAGUCAAAAGCCUUGAGUUUGCCGUUUCCACUACGACAGGCCAUUACACCGAGGCUCUUCAGGGCACCGGGGCCGGUUUGGCAUGGCUUGAAAGGAUUUUCAACGGUGAAAAGCCCGUGGAGGGCUGUCAGGUUACACAUCGUUCUACGAAUCUUCUUUAUCCUGGCGCUGAUGCUCAGUAUAGGCAGAUUACGAACACACUUUUUAGUUCGUUUUUUGGGGGAAGAAUUGGAGAAAGUACAAGGGAGAGCAAUAAGUCUUCGGUGGUUAGUCAGACGUUGCUGCGUUUCUUUGUGUGGGCAUUUACUGCUUUUACUACUCCUUCACCUGAGCAGGUUUUCGACACCACUCCGGAUAUUGCUGUGGAGCUGGAGGUUGAGGACGCAGUUGAGGAGAUUGAGGUUUCUGUUGACGCUGAUUCUGUUGAAGCUUUGGAGGUUUCUGCAGAGUCUGGUUUCCCAGGUGAUGUUGAGGUUUCUGAUUUUGCUUCUCAGGAGGAGGUAGCUUCCGAUGUUUCCACGGCUUCUGAUAUAUCUGUUGAGACCGAGAGUACUACAGAGCGGGUAAUUGACGAAUUGUGA